CUAAAAUCACAAAGUGCCUGUAUUGAAAGGGUCAUAUAUAAAGUAGGUUUUAGGUAAGUCUCUUCCUGUUUACCUACACUUGAUGGCAAAGUUACCAACAUUUCCAAGUCCAGGAAAGCCAGUAAGUAAUUCCGCCUCUGGACUACCUCCCUGCAGACAGGAAGGUGGCUGAGGCCAAACGUAUUGGAAAGACUUUUGCGGCUUGCAGAAGUCACGGGUGUAAAGAUGUUCAUCUGCCUCCAUAGGAUCUUCGUAUUCACCUUCUUGGCUCUUUAAGCAGACAAUGGGCGAGCCAGAAGGCCGGGGUUAAAAUCCUGAUGCACCAGUUUAUGUCGGAGCCCCUUUUCCAGCUGAGAGUAGUUCAGGGAUUCCCUGACUUUUCCAGGCGCAGUUUCCACCGAAGGAAUUUUUAGGAGCAUUUCAGCGGGCGGGGGCGGGGAGAGAAGGCAACGUGACCCAAUCCCAACCCGAGGGUCUCUGGAGGCGCCGCGAACCCGGGGGCUGAGCUGGGAGGUGGGGGAAGCCCCCAGGCCAACUCGCGGAGCCCAGCCCGCAGACGCCGAGCGACGGUGGGGAAUGACCUCAGCCGUCCCUGCCACGUUCCAGCCAAUCAGUCCCGCAUCUUGGCAUCCGAAUCCAGGACCCCCGAAGCCGUAGGCGACGCGAGCCAAUGAGGAGUGGGCUCGGGAAGAAGGACAGGCGGCCAGCCUAUGGGGGAGGAGAGGCCCGGCUGCGCGUAUCCAAGCAGCGGCGGACUGGGCUCGGGGGUGUGGCGCAGCGCCGGCGGGGGUGGGCGGGCGCGCCGGGUGGCAGGUGUCAGCGGCGUCUGCAUUCGGCGGCGAUGGAGCGGCCCCGGGGAGCUGCGGACGGCCUCUCGCGCUGGCCCCUCGGCCUCCUCCUGUUCCUGCAGCUGCUGCCGCCGUCCGCCGUCGGCCAGGACCGACUGGACGCGCCGCCUCCGCCCGCGCCGCCUCCGCUGCGCUGGGCCGGGCCGGUCGGGGUGAGCUGGGGGCUGCGCGCCGCCGCGCCCGGGGGCCCCGUCCCCCGCGCUGGCCGUUGGCGCCGCGGCGCGCCCGCCGAGGACCAGGGCUGCGGCCGCCUCCCGGACUUCGUUGCCAAACUGGCCAACAACACGCACCAGCAUGUCUUUGAUGACCUCAGUGGCUCGGUGUCCUUGUCCUGGGUUGGAGACAGUACUGGGGUUAUUCUCGUCCUGACUACUUUCCAAGUGCCACUGGUGAUUGUGAGUUUUGGACAGUCCAAGUUGUAUCGAAGUGAGGAUUAUGGAAAAAACUUUAAGGAUAUUACAAAUCUCAUCAAUAACACCUUCAUUCGGACAGAAUUUGGCAUGGCUAUUGGUCCUGAGAACUCCGGAAAGGUGAUAUUAACAGCAGAGGUAUCUGGGGGAAGCCGAGGAGGGCGAGUGUUCAGGUCAUCAGACUUCGCCAAGAACUUUGUGCAGACAGACCUGCCCUUCCAUCCUCUGACUCAGAUGAUGUACAGCCCUCGGAAUUCCGAUUACCUGCUCGCUCUCAGCACUGAGAAUGGCCUGUGGGUGUCCAAGAAUUUUGGAGAAAAAUGGGAAGAAAUCCACAAAGCAGUCUGUUUGGCCAAAUGGGGAUCAGACAACAUCAUCUUCUUUACCACCUAUGUGAAUGGUUCCUGCAAAGCUGACCUUGGUGCACUGGAAUUAUGGAGAACGUCCGACUUGGGGAAAACGUUCAAAACCAUUGGUGUGAAAAUCUACUCAUUUGGUCUUGGGGGCCGCUUCCUUUUUGCCUCUGUGAUGGCUGAUAAAGAUACAACAAGAAGGAUCCAUGUAUCAACAGACCAAGGGGACACAUGGAGCAUGGCACAGCUUCCUUCUGUGGGACAGGAGCAAUUCUAUUCUAUUCUGGCAGCCAAUGAUGACAUGGUAUUCAUGCAUGUCGAUGAACCUGGAGAUACUGGAUUUGGCACAAUCUUUACCUCUGAUGAUCGCGGCAUCGUCUACUCUAAGUCUCUAGACCGACAUCUCUACACCACCACAGGUGGUGAGACCGACUUUACCAACGUGACCUCCCUCCGUGGAGUCUACAUAACAAGCAUGCUCUCAGAAGAUAACUCUAUUCAGAGCAUGAUCACUUUUGACCAGGGAGGACGGUGGGAGCACCUGCAGAAGCCGGAGAACAGCAAAUGCGAUGCUACCGCAAAGAACAAGAAUGAGUGCAGCCUUCAUAUUCAUGCUUCUUACAGCAUCUCUCAGAAGCUAAAUGUUCCAAUGGCCCCGCUCUCAGAGCCCAAUGCUGUGGGCAUAGUCAUUGCUCAUGGUAGCGUGGGAGACGCCAUCUCAGUGAUGGUCCCAGACGUGUACAUCUCAGAUGACGGGGGUUACUCCUGGGCAAAAAUGCUAGAAGGACCCCACUAUUAUACCAUCCUGGAUUCCGGAGGCAUCAUCGUGGCCAUUGAGCACAGCAACCGUCCUAUCAAUGUGAUUAAGUUCUCCACAGAUGAGGGCCAGUGCUGGCAAAGCUAUGCGUUCACGCAGGAACCCAUCUACUUCACUGGCCUGGCUUCGGAGCCUGGAGCCCGCUCUAUGAACAUCAGCAUCUGGGGGUUCACGGAGUCUUUCAUAACCCGCCAGUGGGUCUCCUACACAGUCGAUUUCAAAGACAUCCUCGAACGGAACUGUGAAGAGAAUGACUAUACCACAUGGCUGGCACACUCCACAGACCCUGGAGAUUACAAAGACGGCUGCAUUUUGGGCUAUAAAGAACAGUUCCUACGGCUACGAAAGUCGUCCGUCUGUCAGAAUGGUCGAGACUAUGUUGCAGCCAAGCAGCCGUCCUUCUGUCCUUGUUCCCUGGAGGACUUCCUCUGUGACUUUGGCUACUUCCGUCCAGAAAAUGCCUCAGAGUGUGUGGAGCAGCCGGAACUGAAGGGGCACGAGUUGGAGUUCUGUCUGUAUGGCAAGGAAGAGCACUUGACGACCAACGGGUACCGGAAAAUCCCAGGAGACAGAUGCCAAGGGGGGAUGAAUCCAGCCAGAGAAGUAAAAGACUUGAAAAAGAAAUGCACAAGCAAUUUCUUGAACCCCAAGAUGCAGGACUCCCGCCCACAGGGACACAGCUUGUCCCAGAAUCCAGCUCCGCCUCCUCUUGGAUACACUGAAAACACACACUUCCUAUCUCCUACUCAGAAGCAGAAUUCCAAGUCGAAUUCUGUUCCUAUUAUCCUGGCCAUCGUGGGACUGAUGCUGGUCACAGUUGUAGCUGGAGUGCUCAUUGUGAAGAAAUAUGUCUGUGGCGGAAGGUUCCUGGUCCACCGAUACUCUGUGCUACAGCAGCACGCGGAGGCCGAUGGAGUGGAUGCUUUGGACACAGCCUCCCAUGCUAAAAGUGGUUAUCAUGAUGAUUCAGAUGAGGACCUCCUGGAAUAGCUCUUCAGAAAAGCUGGGGCCGAGCGUGGAUGGAGUCACAGUACCUCCUACACUCCAGCGGCUCUGACUUUGGGGAAAUAAAUUUCCCAUUGCGUCGGGCCCAGCUCUGUUUCUGCUGCUUCCAUCCAAGCCCAAAGGACCUACACUAAAGAAUACAGGGUGGGGGGGGUGGGGAACCCUAACUGAUCUCACAGUUGGCUCUGAGGGGGGGAAAUGUUAAAUUCUUUAACUUUUUGUUUCAAGUUCUGUCUUUUGUAAACGUGUGGGCUUUAGGUUUCUGUCAGUUGGUUUGUAUGUUAAGGGAAAUGAAAUGGGAUUCAAAGGGAUUAUUUCACUGACCCCACUGUUGUGUGUUCUGUGCGAUGCCCACCCCAGGGCAGCUGCCAACUCCACCAUCGACUCAACUCUCAUGUCAUACCCGGUGCUGGCCCUGGGCUCUGCCAGCCAUGGGAGGCAGCCUCAGAGCAGGAAACGGAGGUGCAGUGACUGGUACCAGCUUCUCUCCAUCUGUGGACAGCCCUGUUUAAAGAACACUGCGCACCAACCAGCCCUGCCGUGUCUUCCCAGGCCCACCCCACCGUGACUACCAGAUUUUUCUGUUCCUGUUUAAUUAGGCAAUACCGUGUUAAUUGCCCUUUGGCGACUAACUUAACCAAGUGCUUCCAAGACACUACUAAAUCAGGAAAACUUACAGGGCAAUAUUUUAACUUGUGGCAAGGAGGAGGAGCAACAGGGAGUUGACUAGAUCUAACUCCUAUUAAAGAUGAAACUGGCUAGCUGGGUGGUGGUGGCACAUGCCUUUAAUCAGCACUUGGGAGGCAGAGGCAGGCUGAUCUCUGUAAAUUCAAGGCCAGCCUGGUCUAAAGAGUAAGUUCCAGGACAGCCAGGGCUACACAGAGAAACCCUGUUUCCAAAAACAAACACACAAAGAUGAAACUGGCUACUUCUGAGUCUUUCAAGCUGUACUCUGUGUGAACAGUGGACCUGCUCAAGUAUGGGAUGCAGGCUUCGCUAUCCCUUUCCUAGAGUUCAUUGCUGAAUGCGCAUUGCAGCCCCAGGAUGGACAGCCAUAGCCUUAUCACCCAUUGUAAAGGCUCAGUGUUAAACUUAUACCAUGAAGGCUUAUAGCUUCCUCCUGAGUUGCUACUGUUCAUAGAACCAGAACGAGGGCUGUUUUCAAAUUGAUGAACUUUUAAAAAUCAAAGUUACGUUACCAGACCAUCCUUCUCAUCCUUCCCAUAGUUUCACUGAUUAUUUGCUGGCCAGAGACCUUUGGCAAACCCCACCGAAGCCUUGCUUCUAGGUGAUGCUAUGUGUGAUAAAUCACUUUCAUGUUUUAAGGAUAUUUUCUAUCGGAUAUUUUCCCAGAUUAAAUAAGUUCUAGAAUAUGAUCAGUGGAUUUGGGGUGGCCAUCUGGUAAUGGAAAGCUGUAGUAAUUCCUUUUAAUACAGCUUGACUGUUAGCCACACGGGGCGAUGGUGUGGUCCGUCUCUGGUCUCCCUACCCCUGCUCGCUCGUCACAGUUCCUCCAGUAAUUACUACUGGGGCAUUCUGGAGUAAAUGCCAUUCUGCUGCUACUUCAUUUUGUGUUUAGAAAGUAAAAAGUAAAGGUGCCAAACGGACUUUGUCAGAAUGCAUGAGCAGAUGGCUCACUCCUCCCCAGAAUGAAGAGCAGCAGGAGAGAGGGAGCAAGCGGACAGGGAGACUAGAGAUGCUGCAUUGCAGCUAAAUGAGUCAGGGAACUUCUGUUAGAAGAUGAAGUUAGGACUGUUCCUGUUAGGAGAACUAAUAUUUGUUAGAGCCAGAGUGUAUGGUUUUGUAUGACUCUAAAAUUUAGAGUAAUUCCAAAGAUAUACCAGCUCAUAAUUUAUCAGAAUUUCUGCCCACCCUCACCUCCUGCCAAAGGGGGAAGACCCACUCCCACCGCGUGCUGCCCCUCCCAGCACACCCCUGGGCUGAUGCGGAUAGACAAGCCUGUGUAUGGCGAGGUCCACUGGUUCUGAGAUGGAGCUAACACUGGCUGCCUCUGCCUCUGCCGGUAUCUGGGGUUUCUGUGGAAUGCCAGUUUUAGCUCACUUUACUUGCAUUCUCUCCUGAGCUAUCUGCUGUUCUUGCCAGAGAGCUCAGGAGCCCUAAUUGAGUCAGUCGCCCAGGGUCUUCAGAACUCUGAGAUAUGGUUUUGCAGGAAGGUGCCGAGUAUUCGGAGUGAAACUUCGUGGAGGUGCUUGCUGGGUUCUUUCAGAGCGUUAUUUUGGCCUCUUGUUUUCUCUUUAGGAAACAUUUUCUUCCCCUGCUUCAUGGCUGAAAUAAAAAGCUGUGGCCCGCCAGCGUGGCCCUCUCCCUUGGUGGACGGUCGCUGUUGGGAGCACAGGAAGUGAGUCUCCACGGAUGGAUGCGGCUUCCCCCACCCUCUCACUUCUACCCCUGGCUAGCUGGCUCUGUAGGCUCUUUCAGAACCAGUUGCACUCUAAUACGCAACUCCAGCCAGAGGUUUAAGAUGUUUAAGAUCUUUAUAGCUUAAAAAAAAAGAUUUCUGGUUUGGUUUGUCCUGCUCAGCCUUGGAGCACCAUCAUUGGCGAGCGUGCCAGCAUCAGCAUUGGCGAGUGUGCCAGCGUCACCACCGGUGAGCAUACCAUUAUUCUCAGCAUUGUGGUGGCAGAGAGGAUUGAUUCUAGAGACUUGAGCAGUAGGAUUUAGCAUUGUUAGGUAGUUGAGACAUAUCAGAAAGUCCAUAGUGGCCUGAGUUUUAAAUCCAAAGCAUCCUUUUUGCUUGAGACCCUAGGACCUUGGAGUUUUCCCCGAGACCAGACAGAGGCCGGGGCAUAUGCUAUGAAUGGAACAGAACAUUGCUCAGAGGAGCAGAGGCCUUUGGGAUAUGGCAGCGUUGUCAGUCUUGGCAAGUGAGCCUCAGAACCCACUGCCUCUGAAUUGGCAGACCUGUGCUCUUGGGCUUACCUCUACUGCCCUGCCUGCCCAUGCUAGCCUUUCCUCUGUGGCAGUGUUGUAUUAGGGCUCAGCUCAGCUCCUUUGUUGAUCAGGCCUAUAAACCGUGGCUGGACACACUAUACUGAACCAUCCUUUCCUCAGGAUGCCAGGAUGCAGAGAGAAGCCCAAGGCCCAUUCCACCAAGCCCCACAAUGAGAGGGCUGGCACGGCAUUUCUCAUUUUAUAGUUCUACAAGUAACCCUAUAGAUGGUCUUUCUUUCCUCCAGCGCUCUGAAGAACCCUGCCCCUAUGCACACUGACAAAGGCCUCGUCCACUUGUCGGUCGGCACAGCCCUCUCAAUUCCCCACUCAGCAGGGGUGCACAAAGAUUGCUAAAAUAGGAUGGGAUGCAGCUUCGCAAUUUUCUAUCACCUUCCCUACCAGAGGGAAAAGUAAUGUGAACUUAAAUGUCUUUUGGAACAAAACCAAAGUUUAGGAUUUGCCAUAUGACGUAGUGACAGGGAAGCCCAGAGUUGGCAAGAGGCACCAGGCUUCCCGUCCCUGCCGGCCAGUGCUUUGCCAGGUGCAGGUUGCCGUGGAGUCCCUGAAGCCACAGGUGCAGGCUGAUCUCCUGGUUCCAUGCAUUGUAACAGUAAGAAUUGGAGCGCUGACUUGACAUUGUCUUCAAGGACUUGCUGCGUGCACUCCUCACCGGCACAUCCUUCUGCAUCUGUUUGUAUGGAGUAACACAAGCUAAUCUGUACCUUUAUGUAUAUGUGUGUGUACAUAUAUACAUGUAUAAACUGUAUAGUGUACAUGUUGAUGAUUUAUCAGUCUGGUUUUCAGUGCAGUCCUCACCCUCCACAUGCCCUCAGCUGUGGUCUGCUGACUUCCUGGUGUUUUGAACCUCCAGGGAGGGGGGGUUGGGCUGCACUCUCCUUAUCCUCGUGCACAGAAAUGCUCAGGGUCCCCACGUGCCUGUUGUCUUCCCCCGUUGUCCUUGGUUCCCUUUCUGAGCAUGUGGCCCCUCCCGGCUGUGAGGGGCGGCUGCCUUCCUGGGAAAGUGCAAAGCAGGAUCAUGACCACCACUGCAUGUGCACUGAGAACUCCAGAUUUCUGCCCACUUGGGACAGAACAUUGCAUGCGAGGUGGGAUUGUCAAGUUUCAAAGACCUGUGUCAAUUAUAUAGCAAAGCCAGACCCCAUAAUGAAAUCCCACAAAAUGGAAAUAAAACGCAAAAUUUCUUUAGCAUUGUGUAAAUAAAUCCGGAUGUGUUUAACUUUGUACUGGUAAUUUUCUGUAUAUUUGCAAUAUUUGGGUUAGAAAUAAAACAGCCUGGACUUUGGUACCUAA